AUUUUCACACGCUAAGACAUCAUCGCAUAUUCAGUAAUACAUAUUGACACAUGGGUGUCAGUUUUCGCUCAUAGAUUAUUCAAAAAGUGACUGCGAAGCAUAACUCUUUCCAAUCCUGUCAAACCACGCGACUCUUUAUGCACCCAACCUUUAUUUUUAUGACGUCUUCACAGUCAGACUUGCAGAGUUGCUGCAUUUUAUCAAAUAAAGUUGUUAAACUGCUUGAAGCCCAAUCAAGCAAAAUGAAAGCAUUUCAACUGACGUGGCAGCGGCAUCAUAAUGUGGGCGUGGUUUAUCUUUGUCAACAUCCUGAUGACAUAACUAGUUUCUCCAAAAUGGCGACGGCGGAUGAGAGAGAAGCGGGCCAGGACGACCCAGAGAGCGAAGAUGAGGUUUAUGAGGUUGUGGACCUGACUGAGUAUGCCCGGAGGCACCAGUGGUGGAGUAGAGUGUUUGGGAACAAUUCCGGCCCCAUUGCUGAGAAGUACUCCGUGGCCACUCAGCUCAUGAUGGGAGGAGUGACUGGAUGGUGUGCAGGUUAUGUCUUCCAGAGAGUUGGGAAGAUAGCAGCUACUGCUAUUGGUGGCGGGUUCCUUCUUUUACAGAUUGCCAAUCACAGUGGCUACGUGCAGGUGGACUGGAAGAAGGUGGAGAAGGAUGUGAACAAAGCAAAGAAGCAUCUGAAGAAGAAGGCAAACAAAGCAGCCCCAGAAAUCAACACAUUCAUUGAGGAGGUAAAGGCGACAGAUUUCAUAAAGAGGAACAUCGUCCUGUCCAGCGGGUUUGUCGGCGGCUUCUUUUUGGGAUUGGCCUCCUAAAGGCCGCCGCACACACUACAAUCUCCAUUUACUGUGAAUCAUCACUUUCCUUCGCUUACCUCUCUGCUCCAUGUGUGUUUUGAUCAAAAGUGAUCAUGGGGAAUUAUGUUGAACACUAAACCACCUGUUCUGAAUCAAUCCUAGCUUGCUAUUAUCAUUCGAGUGCUCAUUUCAGAGGAUGUGUGUGAGGUGGUGGGUUGGUAAGAGGAUCGGGGGCCGUCGGAUUGUACUGUGAACGAUGCUUCCGAAAGCAUCAAGCUGCUACAAACAAAACUUGGAGUGUCUUUUGUGUUUGCUCGUGCAAAUGAGGCUGUCCCAAGUGUUUGCCAGGUGGAUUCUGUGGCAUAUGUGGGCGCCAUUGUAAAUAUAUAGCCAAGCCCCUUUUUCAGAGCUGUAAACAGACACAAGCACAUACACACAAGUAAAUAUUAUAUAAACAGUAUGGAAGGCGGCAGAGUGGGAAGGUAACACCAGCCCCCAGUCUGGUGCCUAGUUGUUGUUUUUUUUUUUUUUUUUUUUAAUUAUUAUUAGUAUAGCUGUACAGUUUGUCGGGGUCACAUGCCUUUCAAAGCAUGCUGGCAAACCCAGUUAUGUUGGUCACACUGACUGGGGGUGGUAAAGUAAAAAGGUAAUUUUCCACUCUGAACUGGAGUCCAUGCUGAUAAAGAACACGUCAUUAGUAAGUUUAAUUUGUGAAGUAUUAACCCCCCCACCCCCACAGUUUGUUCCCUAAUUCCCAGCUCCACAAUGCCCUUAAAUGAAGGUUCGAGCAUCUGCUGUGCCCUAAUUACCACCAUCACAAGCCAUAUGCCCAAAGAGACACUGGUCCAGUGGUUACAUAGCAUAAUGGAGCUGCAAUUUUGACUCCUACGCCCCCGCUAUUGUCGUCAUGCAUUUGAUGGUGUGUGUAGCAACACACACCAUCAAAUGCGAUGCUGCUGUGUUGUGCUUCAUCAUGUUAAUCAGCUAUAGGGGAGUCCAGUUAUCACACGUUGCUUAUUGUGUUUUGGGUUUUUUUGCCCUUUCUACUGGUGCAAUAUACUGUAAUGUUUUAGCUGGUUUUUUGUUUUUGCAUCCAGCUGGUAUUUUGUAUGCUUGUGUUUGUAUUUAAUAUGAUUUUGAUAACUCUUAUUUCCUGGUUUUGUCUCCUUUGAAGUAAAGUUGCCCUAUGCUGUUUUAAAUGAUAGUAACAUUAAAAAAAAAGGAUGCUUUUCA